AUGUUUCUUCGAGACAGCAAAACGCGAAAGAUCCAGCAUUGCUGUCUUAAGCUCCACGCCAGGGCCAUCCAUUCUCAAAAACGCUCGCCGAGACCAUGUCAAUUGGCUAUUUUUUUUGACUUCAAUGGUUCGGCGGUAGUGACAAAGCUUAUUCAUAGUGGAGCACGCCUGGGCCAGACAAUAGCUGAGGAGCCUUCAGAAGUAGCCACGUCAAUCCUUGUCGUACCUGGUUUGGAGAACCAACCCCAAAAAAUCUCUCGGAAGGAUUUCGUCAUCGAAAAUAUACAGAGCAUUAUAUUCAGCAAUGCCAUGAAUGAAAGAAAUAAUAUUGUACAGUGUACAGGAUAUGUAGUAGGCGUACAUGUGCAGUACCUUGGCAUCACGCAAUAUGCGAGCUCAUCAAGCUGCGAAAUCAUAUGGACUGACCCGACUGUUACUGUCCUGGAGGUCUCGGAUGACCCCACAGGCAUCCUUGUGCCGGUAACCGCGUUAGGCGCCUGGAAGUUUUGGUUGCUUGUAUUAAUUAUGGACACUGCUGUCUCUUAUCGAUAUUGUCGCUUUGAGAAACUUAUGAGAAUAAAACGAACGAACACGACCUCGAUCGGCCGGACCCGUUUCUUUGAAAUAUCUCUUGGUAAUGGAUCCUAG